GAGAACAGAGAGGCCUGUGUGUGUGUGUGUGUAAGUGUGUGUGUGUGUGUGUCGCAUUGCUCAGCAGCAUCAUGGACACAGAAUAUUCCAAGAGAGUGUACCAGGGCGUCCGAGUCAAGCACACAGUCAAAGACCUGCUGGCGGAGAAACGAUCCCGACAGACAAAUGGGCCGAGAUACAGCGGAGGAGCCACCCCUCCACCUUCAUAUGUCCAGAUGCCAGGGUCUCACAUGCUGCCCAGCUACUACGGCAUGAGACGCUCCUUCAUCUCCGACUCAGACUUCUGCCCGUCCACCAAGCAGUUCUCCCCCGACAUGUACUCCUCCAGCCUCGGGGGCAAGCCGCUGGGCUGCGAGUCCUCCACCAUGUCCAGCUACUCUUUCAUCGACAGCUACUACCCAGAAACCUUAGCCGACUACCGCAGCGCCGCCACCUUCUCCAGCUCUGGAGGGUCCUUCCUGCCCUCGUCGGCCCUCUCCUCACUGCUGCCACCUUUCAGCGGAGAGUCCUCACAUUUGUUCCUGAGGGACUCUUGGGAGCAGUCAGUUGCAGAGCCGGUAUCUCAGGUGGAGGCUCUCUGUCCGGACAGCCUGGCCUCCGUCAGCGUCCCCCCCUCCAUGCCCAGCCCGGAGCCCCCGGGGAGCCCCUCUCAGUACCGCUCCCCCAGCCGAGGCUCCUCCAUGGGCCCCGUGUCCAGCAGCCAGCCCUACACCCUGCACCCCCUGGAGGACGCCCACUACCACCCUCUAACCAGCAGCAGCUCCUACUCCCUCCCCACCUCCUCCUUCUCCUGCCCUCCCUACAUGAGCAGCCCCGUCAGCGACCUGGUGUCCAAGAUGGUGACGGAGGAGGCAGCCGACGGCCACAGCAGCCUGUCCGCCAGCACUGACGCUCACUCCUCCUGGGCCAAGGAGGACGGGGUGAGCGCCUGGUCGCCCUACGAGAUCAGGAGGGCCUACUGACUGGACGACUGAGGAUUGAGUUUUCACAGACAAUUCAACAGUGAACUCAACAAACACUUGGCAGCCUGUUGUGAACCUGGAAGAUUUUUCUCUUUUUGUUGUUGUUGUUUUGGACAAUUUAUGUCAGUUUGUUGACUUUUAUUUCUAAGGAAAAAGUUUUAAUAUGUUGGUAGGAAUGCCUCAGUGGACCGUGGUGUCCGAUCUGAUGUGUGAGGAGGCUCUUACUUAUUUGUAAAAAAAAAACCCAGCAAAAAUAAAAUGUGUCUGUUUUGUUUGAUUUGUAUGAAAAAGAGCGGGAAGAGUGAAUGUGACAGAAAACAAAAGUCAUGAUAGGACAUAGUUUGAGUUAUGAAGUAAAGGUAAUAAAGUAGGAUUGUCACUUUUAUGAUGCAUCAUGUGAGAAUUUAUGGUUAUUUGUUAAAAGCUCUGUGAACAUGUUAUUCUUCACCCUCCAGGAGCUCUUUGUGCUGAUGCUGUUUUUAAACCACAACCUGCUGCCGUCUUUAGAAGGUUUCUGAGUGAAGCACAUUCAUUGAAGAGGCUGCGACUGUGGUUAAAGAGCAUCAUUGUGCUUUAUUUCAUCUCAUGUUUUUUCAGAUCUCUCCCUGACAUGGUGACAGGAAUUGUAUUCCAUAAUCAGCCUCUUAGCUGAAUGUUGGACCAGGGGAAAUUGUUUUAACUGUUUAAAACUUUUUUGUAAAACACAUAAAAACUCAGAUUGUUGGUUAAUUUCAAUCUAUUGCACUAAUGAGAGAGGAAGAAAUUGUCCAGAAUCUCUCUCAAAGGGAAACACAAGAGUGGCAUCUUUUUUUAUCAUAUGACAGUGAACACAAAACUCCUUUUUUCAUUGGUUCAAACCUGUUGUUUUAACAAGCAUGACCUCUGAAUCUGUAAUUCUACAUUCCAUAUAGUUACAAAUGUGCUUCCUCAGACUGGAACCACAUCCCUUUGAAGUGCCUGAGCUCUCUAUUUCUGACUAACACACACUCAUGUUGAGCUGGAAGCAGCGGCCAACUUGAUCAACAUGUGAAUAAAAGAUCAUCUAGGAGCCAACAGCCGAGUUUGUUGUCACCUGCCGGAUCACAAUAACCGACAUAAUCACAGGACACUGAGCUGAGUCUACUGUUUUAUUUAUUGUACCAUAAACUCUUGAAAUUACAAGAUAAUGCAAAAUGUAAAGCCUGUUUUGGUAACUUAUGGAUUCUGUUAAAGGAGAGUUUUCACCUGUGUCUGAAAUUUUAAAGAUGGAUAAUUAAUGAAGGUGGAAAAAAUACAGUAAAAUAACAUCCAGUGAGAACAUGGACAGCGGUGAGGAUGGUCUGGAGUGAAAGGAAACAGCUCAGGUUUCUGUUGGAAGCCUCUCCUCGUGUAACAUCCAAGAACUGUUAUUUAAAUUAUGAUUAAUAAAUGGUUUAUACAGAGACAUGAGUGUACAUAUAAGAUCAUUUUGAACUGUUUAGUAACGUCUGUGUUAGCAGCUGUUAUGACCUUUAAAUCUGAUGAGUUUAAAUAAAGAAAAACAACAAAACAGUGACAGAGCCACACAAAUAGAGGAGGCAGGUUGAGAUCAUCACUGACGCACCGGUGGAAGCAGCUCACUGUAGGUCAAAUAGUUUGUGUCUCUUAUCAUUUGCUUAUGCAGGUGAGAUAAACAUGUAGCCGUACAUCAUGACUCAUAUACAGCACAAUAAGCUUUUUUAUGUAAUCUUCAAAUAAAAGUUUGGAAUAGUA